CUUCGAGCCAUGAAUGUACGCAGUCUGUCUACCGGUUGAAACUACUCACAGAGAGAGACAAUGCAAUCUUCACUUUCAUACUCUCAUCAUGGAAGAAGUGGCUUCAAUUUUCAACGAAGCACAAAGCCCAGUUUGAGCUAUCCUGCGAGAAGAGCUAAAUCACCACACUUGUUCAUCCCUCGUUCCACAAGGUCUUACACUUCGCCAGGUUCUUUUUCUUCUUCCAUUCAACUUGAUCUAAGACCCCCUUUUCAAUCACAACGACGACCGCCGCCGCCGCUAAACAAACCAACUCGGACCCCAUCCACUCUCGUUCUACGUACAGAAAUCAACAAUGCCUCAGCCUCACGACUUCCUCCAAUUCGUUGCGGCAUGUCAUCGAACAACGAUAACACUAAUGGCGCUCGGAGUUUCCGCGAUUGGAUUGAGUUCUUUGGGGACACUGUGUCGACUGCGUUCCCCAUAUGGGUAGCUCUAGGAUGCCUAUUGGGGCUCAUCAAGCCGAGCUAUUUCAGUUGGGUUCAACCCAAGUUGACCGUUCUUGGCAUAACCUUGACCAAGCUUGGUAUGGGCAUUACGCUUACCCUUGACGAUCUUCGUGGCGCUCUGGCUAUGCCCAAGGAAUUGAUAUGUGGCUUUUUGCUGCAGUAUUCGGUGAUGCCACUAUCGGGGUUCCUUGUGAGCAAGCUUUUAAAUUUGGCGUCCUAUUAUGCAGCUGGAUUAAUACUGGUUGGUCGCUGCCCUGGAACAGCAAGUAACAUUGUCCCUUUUAUUGCACGUGGAAAUGUGGCGGUUUCAGUGUUGAUGACAGCAGCUAGCACUUUAGCAGCCGUGUUCAUGACUCCUUUUCUUACUUUCAAACUUGCGGGGCAAUAUGUCGCGGUAGAUGCAGCUGGACUACUAGUCUCAACACUUCAGUUGAGCUUUCCUGCAUUAAUGCUAUCCAAGUAUUUCCAAGGCCUGGUUAAAUUUGUUUCCACCCUGAUGCCAUCCAUUGCCGUGGCAACUGUAGCUAUUAUCUGUGGAAAUGCAAUUGCACAGAGUGCUUCUGCAAUACUUAUGUCUAGUCAACAAGUGGUCCUAGCUGCAUCUCUUCUUCACGCAGCUGGAUUUUUCUUUGGUUACAUACUUUCUAGAAUGCUUGGGCUUGAUGUUUCUUCGUCAAGGACAGUCUCUAUUGAGGUAGGCAUGCAGAACUCGGUGCUGGGAGUAGUUCUUGCUACUCAGCACUUUGGAAAUCCAUUGACCGCAGUACUUGCAGUCUCCAGUGUCCUGGCAGGGAUUUGGAGACGCAUGCCCACCCAGAUGCAGGAUUGAAUUUUCAUGAAAAAGAAAAAAUAUUGCACUCCAAGCGUUGGAUAAAAAAAAGAACAUGGUUUCGUUCUUGGUCCUACUGUAUUGUUCUCUCCUUGUAUUUUGCC